ACUCUCCGCGCAUUAACAUUCCUUAGGUAAAACCUGUACGGGCCGAGCUUCCAGUUUCAACUGUCCGGUGUGCGAGGAACAGCUAAUACACAAUCACACAAGACACAGGAGUGCCCAAGUUAUGACAGUGAAAAUGUGCGAAAUUAUUAAUUAAUUAAGUUAUAAAAUUUAAAAUGCUAAAUUGUCCAGCAGGCUGUGAACAAAAUUAUAGCAUGAAGGUCAUCUUAUUCCUCAAAAUUUAACAGGAGUUCUGAAAAAGAGAAAAAGAUGAAAUUAGCGGCGCUUCUUCUCUCUCUCGUCCUACCAUCUCCAAUAUUUUCAACUUCAGACGAUCUGGAUGCGUAUGAAACUGCGUACGCCUGUGAGGAGAGUAUCUUGAACAUCACCUGCUCCUCCGGCCUCAACCUCAACAUCAUCAGGGCAAACUUCGGCAGGUUCAGCAUAGCUAUCUGUAAUCCACACGGAGUAACAGACUACUCAGUCAACUGUAUGUCCCCCCGGACCCUCAGAGUAAUUAGGUCCCGCUGUCAAGGGGUCCAUGGAUGCCAAGUCCCAGUGGAUAGUCGGAUAUUUGGAGAUCCGUGUCCCAGUACAAGGAAAUAUGUGGAAGUACACUAUUCAUGUACCACAGAAAUUGUGAAAUCAACCACAGCUCGACCCCGGCCCCCCUGGUAUCCUGAACCGCCUCCAAACUCCUGGGCAGAUAUUGCCCCGCCCACCUCGGUUUCUCCAACCUCCGUUGACCCUGUGACCACGCCCCUAGACGAGGACGAGGAUAUUGAGGACGAACAUGAUUACACCGAGAGUACAGAGCGUGUGAUCAAGGUUAAGGUUCCGAAACCAUUUCCGAUCCAACCCGGAGACAUUAAUCCGUCCCAACCUCGUCUCCCAGUUAUACAAACCCAGAGAAAACCUCAGAAUCAUCCACUGGAAGAUCUUGUCUCCGAUCUCAAAGAUAAACACAAGGAAGAUAUUCUCAAUCCGGUUAUAUCAAUGUUGAACUUCACCUACUACUGCCCGCCGAUCACCGCCAGGGGUCUUUUCUGGAACUGGACGGCGGGCGGAGAUACCGCUGUUCUGGAGUGCCCCGGUGGAUCUAUUGGGUUCGCCAAGUGGAAGUGUGGGCGGAGUCCUGCUGAGUGGAGUGCUCUGUCCCCUAGUCUGGCGGAAUGUGAAUCCAAAUGGUUGAAUAAUCUAGAUGCAAGGUUAAGAGACGGAGAAUCUAUCAGUACAGUAUCAGGCGACCUUGCCCAGCUAUCCGGCCUACAGCCUAUGUAUGGCGGAGAUCUCAGGCUGGCGAGUAAAAUGUUAAAACAUAUGGCGGAGAGAAUGAAUUAUGAUAUCCAGUAUUAUUAUUAUUAAUAAAAGAGAGAGUCCAUGGUAACUGAACUGGUUCAGAACGUGGUCCUUACCGGAAGUAAUAUUUUGGACCGGAUAAACCACGUGUCCUGGUCGGACCUUAGCACCGACGAUGUUGCUACAGCGGCGACUGCUUUGAUGGUUGGUCUGGAGGAAAAUGCUUUCCUUCUCGCCAACUCAGUUUCCACAGAGAAGAUUAUUAUCAAACCAACAACUAAUAUACUUCUGUCUAUCCGCGUGAUGCAGGCAAGGAACACCGUCUCCCAGAGGUUCCCUACUGUGGAGAACCUUGAGAUGUGGGACUCACAGCAGGAUUCCAUCCUCCUUUCCUCCAGGGCCCUCAGGGAGAACAGCGAGAACGGAGCGGUUAGGAUUAUCUUCGCCACUUACAACGAGUUCGAUGAGCUUCUAGUUCCAACCCAGAGACCCAACUCCACGCUUAGAUUUGUUAACUCCAAGGUUAUCUCCGCAGCUCUGGGUAAAGGGAAGCAUACACGGCUCCAGGAUCCUGUAAAGAUCACACUUAAACAUCUGAGAACGGAGAACGUGAGUAACCCUGUCUGUGUGUUCUGGAACUUCACGACCAGGUUAUGGUCAAACUCCGGGUGCAGGAUGAUAAAUACCAACAUCACUCAUACUCUGUGUGAAUGUGAUCAUUUGACCAACUUUGCUCUGAUUAUGGAUGAAGGUCCUGGAGACGUCUCUGUAACUCUAACCACUGUCACCAAUCAUAUCACAACUAUUAUUGCCUGUGUAGCAACUUUAGUUUGUGUAACAAUACUGGUGUUUGCUACUAUUAUAACCUGGAGAAAGUUCCGUGUAUCCCACCAGUGCAGAUCAAUGCUACAGAAGUCAGGUAUCCCAUGUUUCCACAAGACCAAGGAGCUCUCUGAGAAGGAUAAAAAGCAGGGAAACUUCUACACAGUGACCCCUAAGCUGAACGGGUCUAUCAACAAUGAGUCUGGAAGGAAUGAGAACAAUAUUGAACUUGACACAGAGCAGCAAUAUUUCCAGCAUAUGAUCUCAAUGCAGAAGAACCAGGAUACAUUGGGACUGAACAAAACAAUGAGAAGAAACACAACUAAUGCUAUUACUAACGCGGACCAGGAGACUAGUCUCACAGAGGUUGAUCUGAAGAAAUCCACCAAUAUUCCUGAUCAUAAUCUAAACCAAGCUACGCUAAAUGCGCGAAAAACAUUACGACUUAAAUCUCAGUGCCAACAUACUACAGGAGGAUUUCCCAUGGGGAAAAUUCAUCCUGAGCAGGGAUUUCCAAAGAGGAAUAAUAUUCCCCGUGCCAUGAGCCCUUUUAAUCACAUUUAUAUGGAAAUUGAUCCAAAAACAGAUGAAGCCACCCUUUAUGAAGCCUUGAAUCAGAGUGAACGAAGUGAGACAUAUAUGUUGUCAUCUGUCUCUGAUAUGUCGGACGAAGACUUCCGUCGCUGUAGUGAAAUGAGUCGACAAUCCUCCAGUCGUUAUGCAGAAAAUAAACCAUUAAUUCGACAAGGAUUCGAAAGAAAUCUUUUAACAACUAUCUCUGGAGUAAUGCAGCAGGGGGGGCAGAGUGUCCGAGCCCCCACUCAGCACCAUCGAACCUCAAUCCUAAGCACCAUUAGUGGUUUACGCUACACGGAUCCAACCCAACCUGGACAACCCUCUCUGAACCUUGCUACUGGAGAACCUAUCAUGAGCUAUCCAGCAGAAUCCUUCCAGGGUUUAAACCUAACCGGAGAAAACAUACAAACCUUUACCCUGACCGAAGAUCAGAUUCGAUCCCUAAACCUGGUUGGAGAGCCUAUACCCGGCCUAACCCUGAGCCGGGACGGAUUACUCGGGUUGGGUUCAGGAGGGGGAGAGCUCCAGGCUAUGCCUGAGGCUGCACCGUUACAAGUGACCACUGUGAAUGGAAACCAAUUUGUGUGUCUUAAUCUGCAGGACGACCCGGGAACAAAUACAUCAACAUAUGUAACCGCGUCGGAGCUAAAUAAUUGUUAUGCAUCCUUCUCCGAUACCUAUAUCCAGGGAACCGAACUCCGGGGUGUCAACACUGCUAAUUUUGUCAACCCAACCUCAGAACAUUGUCAACCUGGGAUGAUACAAACCCCUGUACAUUCUCAGCUCGUGAUACAGCGCGUAGGAACCCUCCCUAGACAAUACGCGCACCCUUUGGCGCAGAUGUGAUAAUCUCCGGGGAACCGAGUUUAAUUUGAUUUAUGCGCGUAAUAAACGUAAUUCUAGUGAUUCUUUGUACCCGGAGAACCUGGGAGUACUGGGACCCGUCCUGUCAUAUCUCAGCUCUCAACACUCUGAUCUCAUUCUCUAUCCCACCACCCCGCCCGCCAUGAACUGUCAUGAGCUGGGACGAAACUCUUGGAAAAAUCACGAUUUUUACACUUUAGAGGAAAUCAUCUUCUUUUUAGGCAAUGUCUGAUGUUUUCCAGAUAUGAUUGUUUAACCCCCCCCUGGAUGCUUACACAGUUGUAGGGGGGGGGGGAAGUAUCACAUUUUUUCACGCCUCCCCGUAAAGGGAAUCUGGCCAAAAACCUAGUCAAAUUAUUUGUUAAAUUUGUUUUGUAGUAUGUGUGUGUGUUCACCAUAUUAUACAAUGUUGUCGAAAUAAAUCUUUGUUCAAAAAUU